AUGGCCUUACAGACCCUGAUAGCCCUCGUCUUUGCAUUCACAUCUACCAGGACAAGUGUAUCUGACCCAGAGAAGGGUCCAGGAGCCCUCAGUGAAACUUCCAAUGGAAAUAGGAACUCAAGCACUCGCGUUGACAAUAACGAAGGAGACGACGCGGACGAGGGCGAGGGCGAGGGCGAGGGGAGAAACCUAGUUCAGGAAGCGCACCUGGACAUAGACGUUGACGACGAUGAAGACGGCUCACCGCCAAAUGAGUCUGACUUAGGCCCACCGACCGACCCACUACAGCUGCCCGAUUCUCCUGAAGAGCGCCCGUCGUUGUUGGCUCGGGCAAAGACAUUCAUGUUUCCGCCAUCAUCAGAUGUCUUGUGCUUCGUACCAAACUACCGGUGCACUCCCCUUAUAUCUGGCAUUGUGAUACCAUUCUCGAUCUUGCUCGAGAUCCCAGGGCUCACUGGGUACUGGUACAUCCGCACCGAGGAUUAUGAUACCAUCCAAACUCGUCCUAACCCCGCUCUACUGGAUACUGGCCUCGCAUUUAGCAUGACUUGCGCUGUCAUCGCUAAUAAGUGGGUCAUGGCGACGACAAUUUUAUGUAUCAUAUUUUUGUCCAUACACGAUAUAAUCAAUAUUGUCGCUCUCACCAUCUUUGGCGUGAGCCACCGAUUCGACGACGGGUUCACCUACGGUGAAGCUUUCUGGAUCACUGUCUGCUCCACCGUUGCAUCUGUCAUCACAAAUGUGUCCCUUAUCAUCGACUUCAUUCGCACGCCAGACUUCAAGACAAGCGGCAGUGGCCUCACCCGCAAGCAGCGCACACUGGUGAUCAUCCUCAUCAUCCUAUUCACCUACAUCGCACUCGGCUCUAUGAUAAAUUCAUUCAUGCUUUCUCUCAGCUUCAUUAACGGGCUUUAUUUCACUGUCACAUCAAUCGAGACUAUCGGCUUUGGCGACAUUGUGCCUACUUCCCCUGGAUCGAGAGUAUUUAUCUGCUUUUACGCCUUCUUUGGUAUUGUGAACCUUGCCGUGGUGGUGGGCAUGGUAGGGGAAACAGUGAGGGAAGGGCUGCACGUCGGUUAUCUACGACGCUUGCAGGAAAUUCGAGAACGACGGCGUGCAUCACGGAGACGAAAAAAUGCUGAAAGGCGAUGGCGUUCAGCGGUUAUAUGGAAACUGCGAGACAAAGGUGCAAAGGUGUGGGUUCGGAAACAUCGUUCAAAACAAUCAGACUCGCUUUGGGCCAAGGUGAAGAGAAGGUUUUUCAACGCUGCCGAAAGGAUUCCGCGUCCCUUGGAUUAUUCGCGGGGAAUGCGUCUGAACCUCGAGGCGCUCACACACGAUCAAUUGGAAGCAGCAGCAAUGGAGGCAGGCGUUCCACUUGAUGCGUUGCUCCCACCAGAGUUUUACGAAGCGCAGAUGCAGAAUGACGACGACAGCAAUGCUGAUGACUUGGAGAUGAUUGCAAGCAAAUAUAUGUCUGUCCCGCAUCCAGUAUAUGGGAUAAAUGUGCGACAUGGGACACUUCGGCCACUAACACAUCAGCGGGUUGGCGCCAUGGCAGCGCUCCUAACGAGAUUUGCGAUUGAAUUUUCCGGACAAAGUGGACCGCAGGCUGCUAUGGACGGUGUUAAACGUCCUAGCGAAGACUCUGCUUCGAAUGCUAGACGUGGCUUGAGCAUUGGCGGCGCAGGUGGAGGCGGACAUAACGUUGAGAGCUCUGCGACGCUUGCGACGACCUCCAGCAGCGACGAUAUUAACACAGAAUACGACUCCAAGAACGCUCUUUGGGUGCGCUCGUCUUUUUCGUGGGCAUUGUUUGUUGUGUUCUGGAUGGUUGGCGCGGCAAUAUUCAGUAAAACCGAAGGCUGGUCAUAUGGCUCGUCUAUAUAUUUCUGUUUUGUGGCUUUCACAACGAUCGGAUAUGGUGAUCUUGCACCCAGGACGCCUGCAGGUCGGUCUGUGUUCGUUGUGUGGGCCCUGCUCGGCGUCGCGACUGUGACUGUAUUGAUCUCUGUCGCCUCCGAGGCUUACUCCGAGCGCUACAAGGGUAUGCUCCAAAGCGACUCUUUCGAGCGAGCCGUCACGCUGUACCGCAUGUUUUCUGAGCAGGAGGACGAAGGCGGUGAGGGCAGCAAGCAGCCACAAGACACAGAAAUGAACGCACCAGAUCCAAAUCUACGGGCACAGGACUUGCUCGAGACGCUCCCGCGGCAUGUCUUAAACGAGACGCGUUCGUUCCAGGAGUACAUGCGGUAUCUGGGAAAUAAUGGCAAAGGUACGAACGCCUACGUGAAUGAGCGGCUGAAGGCGCUCCUGGACGAUGUACUUGGCGCGGGGGGUAUGAAGGAGAGUGUGAAAAUGAAUCUUUUGAGGGAUAAGGGUACCAGACAGAUGCUUGUCACGUUAAGCAUCGAGAGUGAGUCCCCGUUCAUUCAGGUCGUCCGAAGGCUGUCAAUUGACUGUUAG